UUUUCGUUCGAUUUUACAUCGUGAUACGAUCUUCACUACCUUAAAGUUAAUUUUUUUCGUAAAUAAAGAUCAUCAGAUUUAUUAUAAUAAUCGUGUAUAGAUAGAGGAAGAAAACGUUUCUCUAUUAUUUUAUGUUUGCUAAUAUUAUUAUUUAUGUUUUUUAAAGUAUCCUCAGUAACUGAAUAAGCUACAAACUUUUUUAUAUUAUCCCAAAAAGAUGAAGAAGAUAACCUGAAAUUCCUAUUUCUGAUUUUAAAAUAAAGUUUUGAAAUUAAUUUUGUAUAAAAUGUUAAUCAUAAUCAAAACAGCUAAAACUGUUCGUAACCACUGGAAAAAAUCAGUUUUCUUUACAGGAAUAAUAACGUAUGGAGUGAUAUACGCAAAGAAUUACAUUCAAACACAAGAUUUAAUGAGAGCAUAUUGCCAAAAAGCAGCUAAAUAUGGUAAAGAACAUAUAUCGCCAAAUGAAAAUCUUCGACAUGUAACAAUUAUUCUAAAUCCAAAUGCAAAUAAACGAAAGUCUACUGAAGAAUUUGAAAAAUAUUGUGCUCCUUUAUUACAUUUAGCAGGCAUAAACGUUGAUAUUAGAAAAACGGAAUCAGAAGGUCACGCAAAAACUCUAAUUGAAGAAAUUGGAGGUACUGACGCAAUUGUAAUAGCUGGAGGUGAUGGUACUUUGUCCGAGGUGGUAACUGGGUUACUUAGAAAGAAUAAUGACAGUGGUACUAAAAUUCCUUUAGGUAUUUUACCACUUGGAAAAACAAAUUCAUUAGCUAGUGUACAAUUUCCUGGAAAAAAGAAAGUUGAGAGGGUUAAAGCAUUAGCAGAUGCUACAAUGGCUGUGAUAGAAGAGACAAUAAGGCCUGUGGAUGUUAUGAAAAUAGAGGUACUAUCAUUAAAUGAAGAAACUGAAAAGGCAAAUAAACCAAUUUAUGCAGUUGGCUCUCUAAAAUGGGGAGCAUACAGAGAUGCAGAGGCAAUCAAGGAAAGUUACUGGUAUUUUGGACCGCUUAAGAAUUAUGCUACAUAUAUUUUCAAUGGGUUUAAGAAUAAACUUACCUGGCGUUGUGUAGCACAACUUAGUUAUAGUGCUCCCUGUGAAGGCUGUUCCCAUUGUUACAGACGAUUAGAAACGAAUACUAAUGGGGGAGGAUUUUUCUCCAAGUUUAUGAAAACAGAUAAUCCUCAUGCAAAAUAUUUAUCAGUCAGUAAUCCAGAAUGUCAAAUAAAUUAUGAGAAGAAGAUUUUAACUUCAGAUCUCGCUUUAUCAACUAUGAAUAUAACACCAAAUCAGUCAUCAGAUUCCCUAAGAAAAUUGAUUGUUGAAAUUGGUCCUGAUAAUGUAGAGUAUUUAGAUUUUGUAAAAAAUGGAAUUAAGUUAGAAAAGGGAGAAAAAAGGGAUAUUAAGGAAAUAAUAGAAGCAAAAACCAUAAAAAUCAGUCCAGAAGAUGAUCUACAAAAUGCUUGGUUUUCUAUUGAUAAUGAGCAUUAUGAAGUUAAACCUGUACAGAUAACAUUGUUACCAAGAAUUAUUAAUAUGUUUUGUAAACAAGAAAAUAUAAAUAUUUAAUAAAUUGUUUGAAAAAAAAACAAAAAGUUAAAAA